GAUUAGUGGGUGUGUGUUGUCUUCUCCUUCAUUCAGUGCGACGUUUUAUUAAAGUUGUAAGAUGGCGACGGUGCAUUUGAGGAUUGGGGAUCUAGUGUGGGGGAAGCUUGGGCGUUACCCACCAUGGCCAGGAAAGAUAGUAAGCCCUCCCAAGGACCUGAAAAAGCCAAGGGGCAAAAAAUGCCAUUUUGUGAAAUUCUUUGGAACUGAAGACCAUGCCUGGAUCAAAGUAGAACAGCUGAAGCCCUACCACGCCCACAAAGAGGAGAUGAUCAAGAUAAAUAAAGGCAAGCGCUUCCAGCAGGCGGUGGAUGCAGUGGAGGACUUCCUAAAGAAAGCAAAGGGGAAAGAACAGAACUCAGAUGGCAAAGGAGACUCAAAAGGAAAGAAGACGCCUAACAAGCCACUGAAAAUACUAGAGGAGGAUGAUGAGGAUCUCAGUGCCCUGAAGGACCCCUCUGAGAAGGACUUAACUGACUCUGACCCCGAGCCGUCCACUAUUGAGAGGCUGGGGGCUGGACCUGGCUCAGGAUUCAAAUGGGAAAGCAGUCCUGUGAAGGACGACCCACAUUUCCAUCACUUCCUGCUCAGCCAGUCUGAGAAGCCGGCCUCAUCUAUGGAACCCAUUAGCAAGCGUCUGAAGAUCAUCGAGGAGGACACGGGGUCAACAUCUAUCCAAGCAGCAGACAGCACAGCCAUCAAUGGCAGCAUCACACCCACAGAUAAAAGGAUAGGCUUCCUGGGUCUGGGGCUGAUGGGUAGCGGUAUAGUUUCCAACCUGUUGAAAAUGGGUCAUGUUGUCACAGUGUGGAACCGCACAGCAGAAAAGUGUGACCUGUUCAUCCAGGAGGGUGCCAGGUUAGGCCGGACUCCUGCAGAGGUGGCUUCAAUGUGUGAUAUCACUUUCUCCUGUGUGUCUGACCCAAAGGCCGCCAGGGAUUUGGUGAUGGGUCCCAGCGGAGUCCUGCAGGGAAUCAGGCCGGGCAAAUGCUAUGUAGAGAUGUCCACUGUAGACCCAGAGACCAUCACAGAACUCUCACAGGUGAUAACGUCGCGGGGUGGCCGUUUCCUGGAGGCUCCAGUGGCAGGAAGCCAGCAGCUCUCCAACGACGGGAUGCUGGUCAUCCUAGCAGCUGGUGACCGAACAGUUUAUGAGGACUGCAGCAGCUGCUUCCAGGCCAUGGGCAAGACCUCCUUCUUCCUGGGUGAAGCAGGGAAUGCAGCAAGGAUGAUGCUGAUCCUCAACAUGGUGCAGGGCAGCUUCAUGGCCACCAUUGCAGAGGGACUAACCCUGGCCCAGGCCACCGGCCAAUCACAGCAGACGUUCCUGGACAUCCUGUGCCAGGGCCAGAUGGCUAGCACAUUUGUGGACCAGAAAUGCCAAAAUAUUUUACAGGGCAACUUUAAGCCAGACUACUAUUUGAAACACAUUCAGAAGGACUUGAGGCUAGCUAUCUCCAUGGGCGACAUGGCCAAUCAUCCAACCCCAAUGGCUGCAGCUGCCAAUGAGGUUUACAAGAGGGCUAAGGCACUGGACCAGUCGGACAACGAUAUUUCUGCAGUCUACAGGGCCUACAUUCACUAGAGCGAGGUGUGACCUAUCCUCUGGACCACACAGUCUUUAAUCCCUUAUUGUUUCUCCCUCGUCAUCUAACGAGUUGUUUUAUUUUUUUAUUUUAUUUUUAAUUCUAAUUGUUUUAUUUCAUUUUUGCCCCGGCGCCAGCCACGUUACCUGCCCACAACCGAUGGGAUUGUAAUUCCUUUUGUUAGAGGCAACCUUGAGCAUUGCACUGACUUUACUGUGGGGAAUACAAGCUAUACGAGUGCUCUAAACGAGGUUGUACUGCUGCACCUGGGCAGUUUGCUGUGGGGGGCAGCUCAUCUGGUUACUGAUAUCUAACAAACGGUAGAAGUCACGCAGGGUGUUGGGCAGGGACGUGGGGUCCAGUGCCACUGUGAAGAGCAGGGUGUCCAGCUCACGCCAGAUAAAUUGCUGUCAGGUUUUGUGGAUACAUAAACCCUAAGGAUUUUUUUUUUUUUUGUUCAUGUACAAAUGAUGACUUUAUUUAAUUCAGUGUGAUCUUUGAUUUCUUUUAAAUGUCCAGAUUUCCAUGAGAGAAAACACCAAGAACAUGCCACUGCAUUGCCUUAAUAUUGUAACCCCUCGAGUCUCUCAAUAAUAGAUGUAUUUAUUUAUGUUUCUUUCUAGGUCUUCUUGGUGCAGUUUGGUCAUGGCUUGUUUCUGUAUUUGACAAAGAUGAUUUAUGCUUUUAAGUUGGUGUUAAUGAUCUUUCUUGAACAGGUUAAGGACAGAACAACAGAUGUGUUGAGGCCUUAAAAUGCAGUAAUUAAUAUUUUUCAUCAAGAGUUGAGAUUUACAUGUAUGCUUCAUUCUUGAGUUUGGAAAGUUCUCAUUUCCACUGUGUUUUCUUUUCUUUUUUUUUUUUUUUUUUAAUAUAUUCUGGAACUAGAUGAAUCCCAUUUUUGAGUUGUAUUUUAACUGAAGUUGAUAAUUAAGCCCCAAUGUCAAUCAUGGUUGUUUUUUUUUUCUGGUAGUUGCAGAUAAAAAAGUUGAGACUGGGUUUGAACGGCACAUUUAAAACCAUCAUGGGACAUAAAUUUACAGUUUAAAAAGCAAAGCGAUGAAACGGUUGUACGUGGGUUAGGAAGGUUUCAUGACUCUGAAGGCUGUAGAAUAAAUCCUCAGCUCCACAAUCAGCAGCUGAUUGGAGCAUCAUUGACAAACUGUUACAUCAGUCUCACCCUGACACACACACACACACACACACACACCUCACUCCAGCUAAAUAGUUUGUUACAUUUCCAUAUUUAACAAAUCGGAUAACAGAUCCUUAUUAUCUCUGUCUUACAUUGACCUCAAAGAUUCCAGCUGUGUUCAAGUGAGGGACAGCAGGAGGUCACAUGACAGUGGGGGGGGGCGAUCUUGACUAUGUAGUAGAGAUCUUCACAGAUCCACUCAGUUCCUAGUGAACCAAUUCAGCUCUAAAACCAGACCGAUACAUCAGCCAGCCAGUAUAAGCUUCAGAUUCAUCAUAUGUCUGCUGAUAAUUAACAAGAUGUCAGUACAGAAAUGCCAAAGAUAUGUUUAAGGUCAUUUCUUAACAGUGUUUGUUCACCAGAGAGUGAUGACAAGUUUAGUUCUCAAAAAUCUCAAAUGUCAACAUUGGUAUCUUCUUCAAAAAUCCACUAUCAGUUGAGCUCCACUCGGGUCCAAAUUCUACUCAAGUCUAAUGAGGUGUGGUAGGACCCUGUUCUGUUUCAGGUCUGUGUGUGGACAUGUCUAAUACCUGAGUGGCUCCUGCUCUUUUUCACCAUGGCAGCACAUGAUUUUUUUGGAUAUUAGAUUUGGUGUAUGCUCAGGUCUAUUUGGAUGCACAUCAUGUUUAGGUAGGUUUUCUACUGGGUCUGUUGUGGGUUGCGUCUAAAAUGUUGAACCUGUGAAGAUCUCUACUGCAUAGCUGGAAACAUAACCUGUAUAAAUAUUGACCGACAUAUGCAAAAGAAACCCAGCAUGAUGGUGCAUACUCAAACAAUGAUGUAAUGUCCCUGAGGAGGUGAAACAGCUGAUCCACUCAGACUGUCAAAGACCAAACAGAAGCACAAAUCAGACCAUACAUGUCAAGUGUCUGUGUUUUGAAUUUUUUUAUGAUGUGUUCAUUUUCUAUCAGUUUUGGUUUAACUUCACAUCAGCCUCUGGUGAUAAUUGCAAGAAGGAAGUGGAUGUCAUGUGUGAGCUCUAAUCUGUCCCACAUGCUGUCAGGAAGAGCAGAAAUGCUUCAAUUCAUAUGGGGAUUAUAACAACAAAUCACUGUUUCUUUUUCUUUUCCCUUUUUGAACAUAUCAGUAGUCGACCCCACUGUCACUAUGUUGGAUUUCAAAUAUUUCAAAUGAUGUGCUGCUGAGCCCAGCUGAUAUGAAGAAACAGAACACAGAGUGCACCAGAGAAGACCCCAAACUCUAUAAUCACUUCCAUGCAGGGAAAACACAGACCUCAUGAUGUUUAGUUCUUUAAGGCCCACAAGUUUCUAUCAUUGAAAGAGUUUUUCAUCAAACUAAACGAUUUAGUUGCAUGUUAACAACCCAACAUCCCACUUUGAAAAGUUUUUCUGGUUUUCAUUUCUGUCCAGAUGAACGACAUUUAAGGCUUUUAAUUUCGUUUCCCCCCUCACACAGCAUAGUGUAAAGAAAUGUUUUUAGAAGACAUGUAAAUAGCACAUUAGUAAGGUUUCUUUUAUAUCUACAAUAACCAGGAUUAAUGAAAACAACUGCUUUUGAUUUUGACUCUACAGAGCGACUGUCUAACAUCUUUGUGUCUUAAUACUGUAGAUUGUUCAGUUCAAGUGUAAAUGGUUUAUUAAUAUGUGGCUUAUAUAAUCUGGCUUAUUAUCGCAUUCAAAUGAUAAUGACUUGGAUCCCAGUUAAGGUAGGAGGUUGUAACUUUGGUUUUGGGGGAUAUUUAUGAUUUUGUGUACAUGUGGAAAUAUCAAGACUUUUGUGCUGUUUAAUAAAUCCUCUCCUGAUUACUGA